AUGGAUGUGGUAAUCAAUAUAUUUUUAGAUCCUCAUAUUCGAGUUAUUGGUAAACCUGAAAACGUUCAAUUAGCCAAGGAAAAAAUCAUGGCAAUACUAGACACCAAAUCCAAUCGAGUAACUUUGAAAAUGGAUGUUUCACAUACGGAUCAUUCUCACGUUAUUGGUAAAGGUGGCCAAAACAUUAAAAAAGUGAUGCAAGAAACAGGUUGUCAUAUCCACUUUCCGGAUUCUAAUCGAGGCUCGCAAGGAGAGAAAAGUAAUCAAGUUUCAAUUGCUGGUCAACCUAUUGGUGUUGAAUCAGCUCGUGCACAAAUAAGAGAAUUAUUACCGCUAGUAUUGGCUUUUGAGGUUCACACUGGUGCUCAACAGAGUGGACGUAGCUUAUCUGAUCAAUUUUCAUCCUUAAUACAACAACUGAUAGAGAAAUUUAAUGUAACGAUAACUUUCAAGCAGAAACCAAGACUAAUGGCUACGACAGUUUUAGUGAGAGGCUCUCAAAACAAUUCUACUGCCGUUAAAGAGGCUACUGCUACCUUAAUUGAGGCAUUAUGUGGAAGUGUGGUUAGCAUGAUCCCAGUCAGUGUUCAACUCGAUAUUGCUCCACAGCAUCAUACUUUUAUUAUUGGUCGUGGCGGCUCAAAUAUUAAAAAUAUUAUGCACCGAACUGGUUCUAGUAUUCAUUUUCCUGACACCAACGCUGCACCAUCGAAAAGAAGUACCGUCUAUAUAACUGGAGAAAUCGAAGCCGUUUGCAGAGCUCGUGAACAACUUAUGGGCUGUUUACCAUUAGUCUUAAUGUUUGACAUGAAAGAAGAUAUCGAUACUGAUCAAGGUUUAAGCAACUAUCUAAUGGAAACUCUGGAUGUUUACAUAAACAUCAAACCUAAGCCUAAGCAACCUAGCAAGUCUGCUAUAGUAAAAAGUGUAGAAAAGAACGCGUACAAUAUGUACAGGGCGCGUGUUCAACUUCUUGGUAUCGAUCCACAGCAAAAUCCCAGUCAGUUACCGCCACCUCCGAUCAGUAUAUCAGAAAAUGUCGAUAAUAACCAACGUAAUGGUGCAAAUUAUUCCAAAAGGCAAACACCUAGAGCAUCAAAUUAUAAUAAUAGUGGUGUUUCAUCAACCAAUUCCUAUAACAGUAAUGGCUUGCGUGGUGUACAAAGUCCUAUACCGAGUCCUGGUAGUCAUAGUUCUGGUUCUGCUAGUCCUAUUAAUUCUCCGUGGUUCCUUGGGGCGUCACCAUCAACUUCACCAGGAUAUCCGAUGUCUCCUCAAAAUUACGACAUGAUGGAAAAUAGCCCUUCAACAAUCCCUGAAAGGCGUAAUCCAAUGACUGCAUUUCCAUAUCCUCCUAAUUCAGGAAAUACUCCUCAUAUGCCUCAUAUGCCACCUGGUCUAAGUCCUCUUAACAAUCAAAUAAGAUCACAAAGUCCGAUGCUCACCGCUAAAGAUAGCACCACAAUCACAUUUAGACCAAAUGAUUAUAGAAAUAAAGGAGAUUUAACCACAAAGGGCAAAAAAGAUUAUGUCAAAAAGGCUGUUAAUGUAUCCUUCAAUAAUAAGACGAGGAACAUAGCUAACGAUAGCGAUUGUAACGUUGGAUCUUUACUUCCCAAAGAGGAAGGAAAUAGAGACACGCGAUCGUUUAGUGCUUCCUCUGGUGAAAAUGAUAGCUUUACCGGUAGAUCAAACACUGGUAUACUUUCUGGCAUCAAUUCUUCACCUUUGCGCUCUUCAAGCUCUUCACCAGAUGAUGUUGAUUACGUAGACAGUCCUCGAUCAUCGGGAACUAUCGGUGAUCAUCGGAAUAUGCCUAAUAAUACCAUGCAAUCACACGAAUUGGAUUAUGAAAGAAAAAAGUACUUAGCCUCUCUGGCGAUGCAAACUGAAGUUGUUCCAUCGAAAGUACGGACGCCGACGUAUUCAUGGAUCGGUUAUGGUUUCUCAAAAUCGGUACCAGGCUCAAUGUUGAAAAAAAUGAUGGAAGAAAUGAAUGCUCCAAAUGCUAAGCCGCAAAAGCCAAUUCUCCCAAGCAAUACCAUUAAUUUAUCAUCCACUUUACCUAAUAGCCAGCUAAUGCAACAACAGAAUACCAAUAACAUUUGGUCCAACGACUUAAGUUCUACUAGAGAUAAGCAAGAUUUUAGUACGAUGAGUGGCACAACAUGUGACGUAACUGAUUCCGAUAAGCAGAGCUAUGCUGGUUCUGAAGAUUUAACAAAGUUAUUUAAAAAGUUGGGUCUGGAGAAAUACGUCAACGUAUUCUUACAACAAGAGGUUGACUUGCAAACAUUUAGUACACUGACAGAUGCCGACUUGAAGGAGUUAGGUAUUACAACUUUUGGUGCUCGUAGAAAAAUGGUGACAGCAAUAUCAGAUAUCCGAAAACAGAAUCAGCAAAAGGUAUCGUUAGAAUUGGCUACAGACAGCGGCAAGAAUGGAACGUCAUCAUCUUAUAUGAACGAUGUUUCCGCUAGUCUUGCAGGUUCAGUUGGUUAUGAUGAUAUCGGAGGACGUUUACAACCUCAUUAUCCAAUAUAA